AUGUCUGAAUAGCCUUAACCAGAUGGAACUUAAAAUGAUUAUAUAUAAUCAUUAAGAGAGGAAGAAAACUUCCUUAUGAUAAAAUAUAAUGAAAAAAGGGAAAACGAAAAGAUGCAAAUGGAAGAAGCUGCAAAAAAAAUUGUUCAAAUUGAUCCUAUAACUCAAAAAAAGUUCGAUAGACCUACAAGAGCAGGUGGUGUUUAUGUACCUCCACAUAAGUUGAGGGAAAUGGAAAACGAAAUAAAAAUGGGUAAUAAAAAUAGCGUUGAAUACCAAAGAUUAAUGUGGGAAUUGUUAAGAAAAUCAAUAAAUGGUAUUAUUAAUAAGGUGAAUAUUACGAAUAUUUAAAAUAUCAUUGUUGAAUUAUUUAAUGAAAAUAUUUUAAGAGGUAGAGGAUUAUUGGCAAGAGCAAUUAUAAAAGCAUAAAUGGCAUCACCUAAUUUUACAAUGGUUUAUGCUGCUUUAAUUUCUGUUAUCAAUACUAAAUUACCAGAGAUAGUUAAUUUGAUAAUAAGAAGAGUGAUUGUAUAAUUUUAAAGAGCUUACAAAAGAAAUAAUAAAAUAGUAUGUAUGGCAAUUACAAAAAUGAUUGCCCAUCUAAUAAAUUAAAAAGUUUUAAGUGACUUAGUUGGAUUAGAAUUAUUAUAUAUACUUUUAGAGAGUCCCACUGAAGAUUCUGUAGAAUUAGCAUGUGAUUUUACAAUAGAAUGUGGAUAAGUUAUGAGUGAUAUUGCUCCAUAAAAUGUUUCCACAAUAUUUGAAAGAUUUAAGGGAAUAUUGCAUGAAGGAACUAUAAGUAGAAAAGUUUAGUAUAGAAUUGAGUAAUUGUUUGCAACUCGAAAAACUAAAUUUGUUGAUCAUCCAGGAGUUAUUCCUGACUUAGAUUUAGUUGAAGAAGAUGAUUAGAUUACACAUCAAAUAGAUAUAGUUGAUGAAUUAGAUGCAGAGGAUAAUCUAAAUUUGUUUUAGUAUGAUCCAUUUUUUGAAAAAACAGAGAAUGAAUGGGAAGAAAUCAAAAAAGAAAUAUUAGGUGAAGAAAACAUUAUUAUGUUAAAAACUAAAUAAUAAGUUGAUUUUAUGCCUGAGAUAGAAGAGGAAUAAGAAUAAGCUAAAGAUUUUACAGAAAGAGAUCUUUUAAGUUUAAAAAGAGUUAUAUAUUUAACAAUCUAAAGUAGUGUAGAUUAUGAAGAAUGUUUGCAUAAAAUAAUUAAAAUGUAAACAGGGAUUGGUCAUGAAGAUGAAGUUUGUAAUAUGAUUAUUGAUUGUUGUAUGCAAGAAAGAACAUAUUUAAGGUUUUUUGGACUUUUGGGAUAGAGAUUAUGUGAAAUCGCUGAAAUCUUCAGAGAUAAUUUUAUGAAAUGUUUUGUAGAGAAGUAUGCUACCAUGCAUCGUUAUGAAACUGCAAAAAUUAGAAAUAUUUCUAAAUUCUUUGCUCAUCUCUUUUUUACAAAUGCUAUUGAUUGGAGAAUCUUAAAGUGUAUAUCAUUGACAUAAGAAAGUACUACCUCAUCAGGUAGAAUUAUGAUUAAAUGCUUAUUCUUGGAAUUAGCUGAAAAUAUGAGUUUGCCUGUAUUAAAAUCAAAAUUGAUGGAUCCAGAACUCAAAGAUUAUCUUGCAGGUCUAUUCCCAGUCGAUCAUCCAAAAAAUACAAGAUUUUCUAUUAACUUUUUCACUAGUAUUGGAUAAGGUUUAUUAACAGAAGAGUUGAGAUAGAUAUAUGAAUAGUAAAACAAAAUAGAAUUCUAGCAUGCUCAAGAAGUAAUUGAAAUAUUUUAAUUUAUAGGCUUUAAAAUAAUUUGGAACUUCUGCUGAAGAAGAUAGUGAGAGUGAUGAAAGUGAUAGUAGUGAGGAUUCAUCAUCAGAUGAUAGCAGUGACAGUGAUUCAUCAAAGAAUAAAUAAAAAAAGACUCAACAAGAUAAAAAAAAAAAGGAAGAUGAAGAUAAUAAGGCUCCAAUUAAUAGUGCUAAAGAAAAAACAAAAGAUAAGGAAAGAGGAAAAUUAAAAGAAAAGGAGAAGUAGAGAGAAAAAGAAAGAGAAAAGGAGAAAGAAAGAGAAAGAGAAAAAGAAAAAGAGAAGGAAAGAGAAAAAGAAAAAGAAAAAGAAAAGGAAAGAGAAAGAGAAAGGGAGAAAGAAAGAGAAAGAGAGAAAGAAAGAGAAAGAGAGAAGGAAAGAGAAAGAGAAAGAGAAAGAGAGAAGGAAAGAGAAAGAGAAAAAUAAAAAGAAAAAGAAAGAGAAAGAGAAAAGUAAAAAGAAAAAGAAAGAAAACGAGAAAAGGAGAGAGAAAGAGAAAGAGAAAGGGAGAAGGAAAAAAAAUAAAAAGAAAAAGAAAAAAAGGAUCAGAAAAAAAAAAAUAAAAGUCCAAGUCCUAGUCCUAGUCAAAGUGAAAGUUUAAGUGAUAGUAGAAGUAGAAGCAGAAGCAGAAGUAGAAGUGCUAGCAGUAGCUAAAGUAGUAGCAGCAGCAGCGAAAGUAAACCUUAGCAUAAAAAACAUAAAUGA